AUGAUACCUACGAGCACUGUUGACAAUUUGAUGGAAUUUACUUUACGGCUGAUUGGCGUUUGGCCACAUUCCUCAUACAGAUUCUUAAUGCGCAUUGUUUGGACGACGACGAUGGCCAUCUGGCAGUUCUUACAGUACUGGCAUCUCUUCACUCAUAUCGGUUCCGAUACUCUGCCGAAUCUCAUGGAUUCUUUGAGUCUGUGUUUAUCGAACAGCUUGUUGUUUCUAAAAAUGAGCCUCCUUUGGCUGAACGGACGUAUCAUUCAUGACAUGCUUGCGAGAAUUGCCGAAGAUUGGAAUGAGUGCUUCUCUAAUCAUUCAAAGAUGCAGCCGAUGAUAAGCAAAGCGAUUUUGUCUCAUCGAAUUUCAAAAUACAGCAUUGGUACAUACACUGUCGUGUUACUUUUAUUUGGGGCAGGUAACAUGAUCGUUCAAAAGACUAUGGGCUCUGAGCAACUUGUCGAAGAGAAGCAGCUUAUUGUCAAAAUGAAACUGCCGUCUGAGUUUGAUGCGUCGCCGAUUUAUGAAAUUGUUGUGGUUACGCAAUUUUUUGUGCAAUUCACAUUGGCACUUCUAGCGGGAAUGUUGAAUGCUCUUAUUGUAACGUUAUCGUUUGGCACUCAUGAUGGAAAUAUUCUGAUGGUAAAGAUUAUACCUUAUUACGCUGUCGUGAAUUUAGAAGCUUUUAUACUUUGCUUCAGUGGCGAAUAUCUCACUUCCAAGAGCAAGUCUAUAAAUCGGGCGGCAUACAAUUCAUUUUGGUACAAGUUAAAGCCUAAGGAAAGCAAAAUCUUGUUGUUAUUGAUAAUGAGAUCGCAGAAGGAAUUGACAAUGACAGCCGGAAAAUUCGUAGAUUUAUCUUUGGAGGGUUUUACAAGUAUUCUGAAGGCAUCUGCAUCUUAUAUGUCAGUGCUACAUGCUAUUGUCAACGGAGAGAUAAAAAUACGUGGAAUGUUUUGCGCGAUGAUACCGACUAGCACUGUCAGUCGAUCGGUCGAAAUUGGCCUUCGUCUUACUGGAAUAUGGCCGAAUGCUUCGGUUUUUUUUAAACUACUUUGGACAUUGGUGAUGGGAAUAGGGUUGAUCUUCCAGUAUCAUUACCUUCUGACACAUUUCAGCACCAAGGAGUUACCGAAUCUGAUAGACGGUUUAAGUACUACUUUGCCACAUAGUCUUCUUUUCUUCAAACUGAUCGUCCUGUGGGUCAAUCAUCGAAUAUUCAAAAAUAUCCUGACAGCGAUGUCCAACGAUUGGCACAAAUAUUCCAACAUGUACGCCAUGAUUGACAAGGCGGUCCUCGCACAUCGCUGCUCAAAAUUGAUCAUCAGUGUUUACUCGAUAGCAGUAUUGCUUUACAGUACCGCUUCUAUCAAUCUUAACAAGCAGAGUGAUGACGAUUGCCGAGAGUUAUUAAUAAAGAUGGAAUUGCCUUUUGGAUUCUGCGAAUCGCCGAUUUAUGAAAUCGUAAUGUUCGUGCAAUUUGUUCGCCUAAUGGCGGUCGCCUCCGCCAUAGGUAUGCUCGACGCAUUAUUGGUUACGUUGAUGCUGCACGUUGGUGGACAAAUAGACCUUAUGCAACAGGAAGUGGAAGAGAUUUUUGUCAAAGAUAACAAACGUGAUUUAUCCAUUACCAUUGUGAGAUCUUUAAUCAAUAAGCAUCAUAAGAUUAUCGAUUUCUCGGAGAGUAUCGAGAGUCUUUUUUCUCACAUUGCUUUGAUGCAAUUUUUCUCGAAUACUUUGAUCAUAUGUUGCAUCGGAUUUCUUAUAGUAACUUCGUUGGGCACAGGUGAAGGCGUUCGGAUGUUAGUAAAAACCUUGUUUUUUUACAUCGCUAUUACUCUAGAGGCAUUUAUCUUCUGUUUUGUUGGUGAAUAUCUGAGUAAUAAGAGUAAAGGAAUUGGCGAUGCUGUAUAUGGAUCUGUUUGGUACAAUCUCAAGCCUCGUGAUAGCCGUAUUUUACUAUUUGUGAUCAUGAGAUCGCAAAGACGACUGACGAUUACUGCGGGGAAAUUUAUGGAUUUAUCGCUAGAAGGAUUCGCAAAUAGUUUGAAAGCCUCCGCAUCGUAUAUAUCUGUUUUAUACGCAAUAUCCAUGGUUGUUCCCGCGAAGGACGUAUCAAGACGCGAUAAAAUGACGGCUAUAAGCACUGUUGCUCUUUCAGUGCAAAUCGGUCUUCGAUUUGUCGGGAUUUGGCCUAAUGCGUCGUAUGCGCUGUUUUUUCGGGGUGUUUGGAUAUUGACCACUGGUAUAGUACAGACUUUUCAGUACUGGUGGAUUAUUAUUCACUUAGGAACCGACGACAUGUCACAUCUGAUGGACGGUUUGAGUGUCACUAUGGAAUACAGCGUGAUGUUCCUGAAACUGAUUAUUUUAUGGUUGAAUAGUCGUAUAUUUUACGACAUCCUAGCUGCGAUGGCUGCAGAUUGGAGGGAAGUCGCUAUCAGUGGAGUGCAUACCAUGAGGAACAAGGCAAAUCUGUCGCGGCACUUCUCCAACGUGAUCAUCGGACUUCAUUCGGCCGCAGCAUUUUCCUACGGUAUUGGCGUGCUCGUGUCCCAUAGUAAUGAUUAUGACACUGAUGGAGUCGAGAUGCCUGCUCGUGAGUUUACGCUUAAGCUACAGCUCCCGUUUGAGAGUGACGAGUCACCUCGAUACGAGCUCGUUAUGUGUUUUGAGUUUCUUCAUCAAUUGGCAUCUUCUGCCACGACUGGCGUACUGAAUUCUCUAAUCGUCACAUUAAUCCUUCAUGCGAGCGGUCAGAUAGAAAUUUUGUGUGAUGCAUUAAGAGACAUUUCUCCCAACAAAAACAACCAACGUUUUAUUAUUUCCAUCAUGAAGGAAUUGAUCGGCAAGCAUCAGAAGAUUAUUGUCUUUUCGGAUCAAAUCGAAAAAAUUUUCUGUUACAUAGCGCUAAUCCAAUUCUUGUCAAGCUCCAUAGUAAUUUGUUGCUUAGGUUUUAUGAUUGUAACAUCAAUAAGUACGCAAGACUCGGAUACGAUUGAUAGCUCGUCAUUAAUGAAAGCUAUUGUGUUUUACAUGGCUGCUACGGUAGAAGCGUUCAUCUUCUGCUUUUGUGGAGAGUAUCUCAGUGCCAAGAGCAAAAUGAUUAGCGAUGCGGCGUAUGAAUCAAUCUGGUACGACUUCAAACCAAACGAGUGCAAGCUCAUCCUGUUUAUAAUAUUGAGAUCACAAAGAAGGCUUACCAUCACGGCUGGAAAGAUCAUGGACUUGUCACUAGAGGGAUUCACGAACGCCAACCGUAUUAAAAUGGGUCUUAAAACAACUAUAAGCCCUUCGGUUGAGUUCGGGCUGCGGGCUAUCGGGAUUUGGCCGGGAUCUCACAACAUCUUAUAUCGGACUUUUUGGACAAUUUCCUUGGGUCUCGCUCAAACAUUUCAAUUUAAAUAUAUCGUCGCUUGCAUCGAAACUGCUAACUUUCUUGAUCUGGUAGACAGCGUCAGUACCACGCUGCCUUACAGCUUGCUCUGUUUAAAACUAAUUAUCCUAUGGCAGAAUCAAAGAUUAUUUAACGAUAUUUUGACAUCGAUGUCACGAGAUUGGCACAACUGCGAUGCCGUCGCUUUCGAUGUACGCAUUAUGACGAAUAAAGCAACUCUUUCUCAUCGUUGCUCGAUGUUGAUUAUCGGAGUAUACUCGAUUGCCGUUGUGGUUUAUGUUUCCGUUAUAAUGGAAUUUAACAGCAUUAAAAGUGAAUCCGGCAAAGGAGAGCUCUUUCUUAAGAUGGAAUUCCCUUUUGUUCAUGAAUUUUUUCCUGUUUACGAAAUCGUCAUGUUCAUUCAAUUUGUACAAUUAUUGAGCAACGCUUCGGUAAUUGGGAUGCUGGAUGCACUGAUUAUAACAUUGUCGAUUGAAGGUAACAAAGGAUUCGAUAUGUUGUUGAAAUCUUUAUUCUUUUACAUCGCUAUUACUUUGGAGGCGUUCAUCUUUUGCUUUGCUGGAGAAUAUCUUAGCAAUAAGAGCAAAUCAGUCGCAAACGCAGCUUACGAGGCUCUUUGGUACGAUGCAAAACCCAGCGAAAGUAGAAAUUUAUUGAUUUUAAUAUUGAGAUCACAAAAACGACUGACAUUAACAAUUGGAAAAUUUAAUGAUUUAUCGUUGGAAGUUUUUGCAUCUAUCUUGAAAGCUUCUGCCUCUUACGUGUCGGUGCUACUUGCAAUGUCUUGA